AUGGAUUCCCUGUACAACUGGAAUGACUCCACAAAAAUUGGUGUUGCCCUUACUGGACUGGGGGCAUUCUUUACCUUUCUAGGCAUUAUUAUGCUACUGGACAGUGUCCUUCUGACAAUGGGAAAUAUUCUUUUUGUGGCUGGUGUUGCGUUAGUGAUGGGUCCAAAGAGGUUUAAAGCCUUUUUUCUUGCUCGUCGUCGUGCCUCUGGGUGUUUUUUCGUAGGAAUUCUUCUUAUUAUUGCAGGUUUCUGUUUUACCGGCCUUAUUAUUCAAGGAUUUGGUGCCCUAAACCUCUUUGGUAAUUUUUUCCCAAUGAUAGCCCGCGUGUUAGAAUCGGUACCAUUCUUGGGCCCUGUUAUGCUUUCAUCACCAGUUCAGCGGCUUCUCGCGUGUUUGGGGUUGCAUGGCCACCGCAGUCGAAAUGUUUAA